AAAUUGUGUAUAAUGAGGUUAUAAGUUGAUGAUUAAAAUUUUAAAGGAAAAUUUUAUUUUCUUCUUUUUAGAGCAUUUAAAUAAAAGCUUUUAUUAAAAAAAUAUUACUUAUAUUUUAUUUUUUACUUUUUAGUUAUUUUUUCCAUUGAACUCCACUUUACAUUUUUAUCGCCAAAAUAAUAUAAUUUUCGCAGUUUUUAAAUAUUUAACCAGCAACUCUUUAACUGUCAAACAACUGAGACGAAUGCAAUAUCGAAAUGUCAAUUUUAUUUACGGAAAUUGCGGAAUCGUCCAGACAAAAAUAAUUAUGAAUUAUUUCAUUGACCAAUCCACCGUUAAAUUUAAGCUUUGAGCUUUAUUCAGGCUGAAUAAAGUAGUUUUUAAUUGGAAGUUGUGACGUACGCGUAACUCGAAAGACAUAACAUACAGUGGUUUUGUAAUACGAUUAGGUUUAUAAGAGUUUGAGGCAGUUUUAAAGGGAUAUCACUGUUAAGUUUGUCGCUAAAUUGAAUUUAAUAUAUGAAUAGUGUUGUUCUGUCAUUGUUAUUAGUGUUAAAAAUGUCCAACCAUCGUAAUAAAUACGAAAAAGCAAGAAGACGUCUUGCCGCUGUGACUUUUCUGUCGAACAUAUCACUGGAUGGGACGUUCAAGGAUACGAAAUUAUGUCACGUCGAUAAGAAGAGCGAGAAAUCGGACACCAAGGCCGUUGAGCUGGUUAAUGGAGUCGAGAAGGAUAAAGGUCACGAGAGUGUCCGCCGCAAAGCGCCGCAGAGCCCUGCGCACCGCAUCGUCGACAACCAUUCCGUUAGCUCGGAUUCCGACCCCAACACUAGCAUCACUCCAGUCAAAGCUGUUACCAAUCAUGUGUUUAGAGAAAGAUGUUCAUCUGGGAAUCAAGAGUCAUUCAAAGAGAAACAUACAGGAGUCCGGACCAAGAAAGUACACCUAUCAUCACUUACUGGCAUAAAUAUUGAUGAUAAGAGCAGUUCAGAAAGCUUGAAUUUUGGUCGCUUCCGCACAAGCAGUACAUGCAUCCCUGAGAACCAGGUUCACACAAAGGAGUUGCGAUUCGUUCGUCCCUUAACCAAGGGAGUUUCGUUUAGAGAUGAAAGGCUGGCAUUUGCACCUAGUUCAGGUGUGCCAUGCGUUGUAUUCAGCACUAUACCGUAUUCAAAAACUGUAAGGAAUCCUCGUUCUGACCAUAGAAAAGAUGGCGGCCGUCGUCGCAACACUUCCGGUUCCGCAAGACCACUCUCGGCAAUCACUGACAAUGGUGUGGAUCCUUUCGAUCUACUUGGAUUGGAAAAAGAGGAAAACGGCCAAGAUAUCUCCUAUUCAAAACUGCUUGUACCGUCCAGAGUGUGUACUAGAGAGCAAUAUCGAAAGAUGUAUGAAGGUGACUUUAGUGACAAAGCUAAUUGGAAGAUGAUGAAUCGCCAUCCUCAUGUUAUUGCCAGAACUAAGUUAUUGACGAGGCACAAGGAUAAAAAAUGGUGCUUCUCGUACGAGUCGUCGCAGAGGCCCCAAAUGGCUGCUUCGCCACCUAUGAGUACAGUCGAUAACAAAACAUUCGAUUGGGAGGAAGCGUCUUUACUGACACCAAAAUAUGUGCAGUACUGUCCCAACGUCCUAGAUGACCCCGAGCUGAUCGCCGGCAAGCACAGGACGCUGCUCACGUUCACAUCUUAUAUGACCUCUAUCAUUGACUACGUCCGUCCACAAGACUUGAAGAAGGAACUCAACGACAAAUUCAGAGAGAAAUUCCCUCACCUCAAACUAACGCUUAGCAAAUUGAGAAGUAUUAAAAAGGAGAUGCGCAAGAUAGCCAAACAUGACAGUGGCGGCAUCGACUUAUUAUCCGUCGCUCAAGCGUACGUCUACUUCGAAAAGUUGAUUCUGGCGAAUCUCAUUACGAAAGAUAAUAGAAAGUUAUGUGCUGGGGCGUGCUUGUUGCUGUCUGCUAAACUGAAUGACGUCAAGGGAGAAACACUGAAGGCUUUAAUUGAGCGCAUCGAAACAACCUUCAGAGUGAACAGAAAGGACUUGAUGAAAUUCGAGUUCGCGGUCCUCGUAGCCCUCGAGUUCGGUCUGCACGUGCCCCCGUACGAGGUGUUCCCGCACUACCAGCGCCUGCUGCACGACUCGUGACCUUGGCGGCUGCCGUGCGCGCGCGCUCGCCGCCGCAGGCUGUCCGCCAGGGAGAUCGACAAAUACGGCGUAUUCCCAUUUAUCCCCGCCGGGCACAGAUGGGAAUAGGUGCAUU